AUGUCUCGAGCACCCAAAAUCUCAGAAGCGAUCUGGGAGCGACACAAGAGCAUUAUUCGGACCUUGUAUAUUGACGAAGACAACAGCCCCGAGAAAGUUUCCGAGGUUCUACAGGACAAGUAUGGAUUUACAGUAUCGCGCCAUCAAAUCAUUCGUCGGCUUGCCAAAUGGAAGUUCAAAAAGUACACGACUAAGGAGGAAUGGGUAUAUACGAGCUCACAGAUACAAAGGCGAAAAAAGAAGGACGGGAAAAAGACUGAAAUUGUUCUGAAUGGCAAACCAAUUUCGGAAAAGAAACUCAGCAAGGCAUUAGGGAGGUAUGUUGGGCCCUGGGACUUUGGGCCCGAGUGCCAGAGAAUUCUUCCCUGCGAAGACCUCACCACAAUCGAGAUUCGCACUCCCAAGGAAGACUUUGGCAUCAUGCCGUACUCGACGCCUUGGUUCAAGUUCUGGACCCUUGCUGAAGAGACGGUUUUUACGAGCGCUGCUAUAGCUUCAGCAAGAUCCAAAAGCCAAAACAAUCAAGAAUCCCUUGAUAAGAUCAUGAAAUUCAUGUCCUCGGACGAGCAAAAGUUCACCAAACUGCCCAUCUUACUAUCACACCUGGCGACAGCCUUGCCUCGAUUUCAUGAAAACCAGCGACACCCUGUACUAGAGGAUUGCGACUCUUUGCUGCUGCAAUGGAUAUUUUACGCUGGCUCAAACAAGUUAGUCAGCGUAGAAUGCAUGCACAUUUUGUUGAAAUGGGCCAUGGACAAUAACUAUCUCCGGCUCAUCAAGGACGCCAUUGCCCUUGGUGGACUAACCGUCCAAGCCGCUUCCAGAUACCUACUCCCCAGCGCUGUCGAGGUCGGCGAUCUGGACCUACUGAAAUUGCUUUUGCACACUGCUCGUGGCCCUAGCCUCUCUUCACGGUAUUUGGACAGGGCGCUCGCAGUGGCUAUUAACAAUAUCGAUGGCCCCAUGGUUGAUCUAUUGUUGAAGAAUGGGGCCAACCCUACCAUGUCAUCCUCUAAUGACGAACUACCCAUGAGGCAGGCAUUGAAAUUAAACAAUAGUGACAUGAUCGUGAGAAGUCUUUUAGAAUACGGCGCGGAUAUCCAUCGCAUGUCGAUCUCACAUUCUAUUCUUCUUUAUGCUCGAACUACGGCAUCUGCAAAGCUACUGCUAGAGGCUGGUGCUCCAGUGAACUUCGCAGGCAGAAUGUGGUUUACCCCUAUUCAGCAAGCAGCUCUCAGAAAUGACCUAGAUAUGGUCACCCUGCUGUUGGGAGCUGGGGCAGACCCGAACUUCGUUUGCGACGAUGCCAGAGACCUAUUACUAUCCAAUAGCUGUGUUGCAGAGAGCGGUCACAUGCUUGAUGGUAUCUCACUUGCACUAAUCUCACCACUCAUGUUCGCAAGGGGACAUGAAAACUUCGAUAUGGCUCGUUGUCUCGUGGAUGCCGGGGCUACAGCUGAUGGCCCCAUGGCCAAUCAUCGUAGAGGGGAAAAUCCUAGACUAUGUCCAAUUUCCCAAUGGAAUAUCGUCUACUUAUACACGUUAAGAUGGUGGAGAGUUGCCAGGUCUUUCAAAGAUGUGCUUCCGCAAUCUCCUGGAACGGUGGAUUGUGGCAAGAUAUGCGAGAUCUUCGAAGCACUCUCACUACCAGCAGUGAAUUUACAUUCAUUUGCGCGCGACUGGCACCUGGAUCGAACGGCACUACAGGCUGCAAUAGAGAUCAAUGACUGCGUCCUCGUCGAUGCACUCACAGAAGAUUGGGUUGACGUGAACAAGACACCAUGCUCUUACCCGGUCUUACCAGCUCUACAAACAGCGUCAAUCAACGGCAACAGUAGGCUGCUCAGAUUGCUGGUUCGGCGCGGAGGUGACAUUCAUGCUCAACCUGCAGCAAGAGGACUCACUUGCCUACAGGCUGCAGCGAUGUUAGGAAGCCAAGAACUCGUCGAGCUACUUUUGCAAAUGGGUGCCCGAGUCGACGAUUACCAGAGAGGAAAUAACACAACGACUAUGCAGGCAGCUGUCAUAAGUGGCAGUGUAGGAACUGUGCAGACAGUUCUCCAUGCUGGAACAGAUAUCAACGACAGCCGAGGUGUUUGCUCUCCCCUUUAUCACGCCGCCUACGGACAAGAUCCUGAAAUUUUAUACUUUACCUAA